AUGACCUCUGACCCCGUAAUAAGUUUAUACAGAAUUGAAUAUAUUUUCUCUUUGACUGACAUAGAAGAUGGUUCUUAUUCAGCAAAUCCCCAAGGAGGCUGGUCACAAGCACAAGUUCACGUGAAUAUAAACGACAAUCGAAAAAGGGCAACUGAAGAUGUAGAGUUUUUAAACUGUCCAACUCAUGGCUACAAAAAGCUCGAUAUGUUCUGUAAAACAUGCGAUACUGCAAUAUGUGAAAGAUGCGCUUAUUUGAACCACAGAGAAAAGCAUGAUGUUGUCGAUCUAUGGGAAAUCAUAAAUGAACGAGCAAAGCAAAUCACACUCGACACGGAUUUACUUAAAUACCAGAUUCAAGCCAAGUUCAUAGAGGAAAUUCUGAAUAUAGACUUUGAAACUUACAGAGCAAUUGAAAGUUAUUCCAAUACCAAACGGGACAUUCAAGUUACUUUGGAAAACUUCCAUAAGGAAAUAGAUGACGUAGGCGAGCAUAUUUUGCGUGAUUUGAAAGAAAUGGAGCAAAUUCAUAUGAAUCAUUUACUCGGCGAAAGAGAAAAGAUAAAAAAUCUCCUGAGUGAAUUACAACAGGUUGUUGAUGAAAAUGAAAAGCUUCUACAAACACCUAUGAACAUCGUUGACAAAGACAUUUCAGUGUCUACUGUAGAUAAAUUUGUGAAUUUUCCUCAAAUCACAACGUUUGAACCACCAGUCUUUACUCUCGGAAAAAUAAAAGAACUGCAGUUUGAAAAUGAAGUUACUGUAGCUUACACCCCAACCUUUCAUAUACCUAUCCAAUCUGCUUAUGAAAAAUCCUGUCUUUGUUUACCAAGGCUGAGCAAUCCGAAAGAGAAGAUUCUACCCGGGUAUGAAAUUCCGGUAGGCAUAUGUAAAAGCCCUAACUACGAUGUCCUUUCUUUGGAAAUAACGAGCAACAAUAUCCUGAGUGACAUCAAGACCUUUGGAGAACAAGCUAUGGUUGCAUGUUCUGGCAGCAACGAGGCUGUAAACGUCGACAAAAAAGGAAAUGUUCUUCAGUGGAAGCAGAUGGAAGGAAUUUGUUUUUUAUCCAAAGAUAAAGAAGACGCGAUGUACUAUACAGAUUCGUUUGGCAAGAGAAUAGUGAAAACGAAAGAUAACACUGACCAAACCACAGCAAUUCUGAUUGCUGAUACCGAGGAUUGGGUCCCGAAAGGAAUAGCAGUUACGAAAAAGGGGAAUAUUUUUGUAUGUCUUCAGAAGGAAGACGGGGGAAAGCUUGCCAAAUAUGACAAAGAAUUGAAUAGACUCAUGGACUUCGAGUUUAACGAAUCCAAACCGCUCUUUGACAAACCUGAACAUGUGACUGAAAACAGAAAUGGUGAUAUAUGCGUCACAGACAUUACUUCUCAGGCUUCCGUUGUGAUACUAGACAAAAACGGAAAACCCCGAAACAUCUACCGUCCAAAAAGAGCCUCCAGAAUUUUUAAAAGAAAAUACAACCCCUUUUCUCCGGGAGGAAUCUGCACCGAUCGUAUGGGUCAGAUUCUCGUCUCCGACACCCCAAACAGAGUCCUCCAUGUGCUAGACCAGUGGGGAGAGUUCCUUCUCUUCCUCCUCAGGGGGAACUUGGAAGACCCUCGGGCUCUAUCGGUUGAUGAUUGUGGAGAGUUGUGGGUUGUAGAAGGAAAGAAACAAAUCAAAAUUGUGAAGUAUUUGUAUGGGUAUAUUUGA